AUGAAUUCCAACGCCGUCGCACUGCUGCUGUUCGUGGCACUGGCCGUCUGCAUCGGUGACAGUGCCGAAAUUCCACCGCUACCGGUACAGGACGAACCAACGACCGGUGGCGCAUCGUCAGCGGAAGCUCAAGAAUCAUAUAUGGGUGUCAAGCUGUACAAAAUGGAGCGACCCUGUGCGAUGCUGGGCGGUAUGUGCGUGCAGACUAGUGAGUGCAACUCCAGGCCAGCAAAAGAAGGACUCUGCCCGGAAAAUGGUCAUCUGGGCGUUGAUUGUUGCUAUGAAGUGAAACCAGCGAAAAAUCUCACCUGUCACGAGUACCGUGGAGCGUGUAUGGAUCGAUGUGCCGAAGGAUUGCAGCGCCCAUCAGUCGAUUGUACCGAUGGACAAAAGUGCUGUGUUUUGGUUGCUUAA